CGUUAGCUCAACCCAUCAAUCGGUGCUAAGGAAGUAGCAUUGUUUACAGAGCAUGGAGCAAAAGUGAGGCUAGAAGCUUACCAAAGUGACUCUGCUGACGAGAGAUAAACACUAAAAGGCAGCUAUGUGCAACCUCGACUAGAUAGUAAGGGGUGAACGAGCUUGAAAAUAUCUUUAUAGGAGGUAAAGGAAUGAAGAUUCGGUUCGGUUUUGCUAACGCUGCGUGGGCGCUGACAGGUUUGAGGGGAGCAUGCUAACGUAACUUGUUCACCUGAGUCGUUUUUAAGCCAGGUGAGAUAUGGAUUUCCUCACGCUGUUUGCUGUUUACGUCGCGGUGGUGCUCACAUGUAUAGCUCUAGUCUGCAAAUACUCCGGCCAGCAACACAGCCCCCUUAAUGUACUCUUCAACUUUGCAGCAAAGAUACUUGGACCCAUUACACCAAAAUGGCUUCAGAAGUUUUGGCAGUGGACGUUACACAGACUGUUCCAUCAAAGGAGCAACAUGUUCAUCUACCUGCAUAUCCUGCUGGAGGGCGCAGUGUAUGCAGAGUUCACCUACGAGGUGUUUGGCUUCUGUAGGGAGAUGGACACCACUCUGACCAGCCUAUCUGUGCCUUAUGUCCUGCUGGGCCUCAAGACCUUCUUCUUCUACCUCUGCAUCAAGACAGAUCCAGGCACAGUGACAAAGAAGAAAGUCGCUGCUCAGCUGCACAUCUAUUCAUAUGACAGAAGACUGUUUCACCCGGGAGUCUCCUGUCCGACUUGCCAGCUUGUUAAACCGGCCCGCUCUAAACACUGCAGGGUCUGCAACAGGUGUGUGCAGCGUUUCGACCACCACUGUGUCUGGGUGAACAACUGCAUCGGUGCUCAGAACACACGUUUCUUCCUGCUUUACCUCUUCAGCGUUUGUGCCAUGGCAGGCGACAUCGCCCUGCUAACAGGGGACAUGCUGCUUCAUGCUGUGCUGCGCUCAGGGCUCCUCAGGGCCAGUUACAUAGAUGAGAACGGCCAACAGCAACCAGCAGGACCUCUGUUUGUUGUGCAGCAUCUAUUUCUGACUUUCCCCCGAAUCGUCUUCAUGCUGGGCUUCUUGGUCUUCGUUUUUUUCCUCUUGGCGGGUUACGCCAUGUUCCAUUCCUACCUGGCUCUUAUCAACCAGACCUCCAAUGAGUGGUACAAAAGUAGAGGCUACGUCUGUCAGCACUGCCAUCCAACUGCAGCAGCCGAUAAUCUCCAUAGCCCCGUGCCAGAUCACUCUAAAAGAUACUACUACAGCAGGGGGCUUCUCCGAAACCUGGGAGAGAUUUUCUUCCCUCCACGGCCUGUUCAAAAAAAAGACAACUGAACUGGUUGGUUAUAGUUUCUGUAACUACCACU